ACUUGCUGCAGCCCGAGAAAGGUUAUAAUUCCAUACGAUCGCCUUGUUUUCGGCAUUAUAAUUGAGUGGAAAGGGGAAAGUGGAAACAAAUGAUUGGGCCAUUCUCAUUCUAUCAGCAUAGUGCAGUAAAUGACCAAGGUUCAUCCGUCAAUGUGUCGUGAUUCAGACUUCAUCACCGAUAACCGACGUCAAGAGAUUCCUCUGUAUCCCAAAACUGAGGGUGCAAGACACUUGUAAAGCUCGAGUAACAACUCUAUAGAUAACAGCAGAUGAGACAACAAACUGACGUGUCGUUACCAGGACACGUGGAGCACAAUCAAGACUAUACCAUGCUUUUGUAUUUGUAUUUUGACUAUUUUCUAUAUUCUAUUUCUAUUUCUACUAAUAUAUCUGUAUAUUUGAUUCGAUGCUUGAUUAGAACCUGGGAACCACGAAAAAAUCGUAACAUCCAUCGGACCACGGAAAAUUCGUUACAUCCUUGCUUACGCUCUUUCUUCUUUCUUCCUUCUAUCUAUCUAUCAACUAAAGUUGAUUGGACAACAAUAACCAUUAAAUUUCGUUUGUGUUGAGUCGGGUGGAGAUAAUGGGAAUCCUUCAUCUGAAGUGGGCAUCAUCAGGGUCGUCCAUGGUUGUUUUUCACAAAGAGAGAGCGUCUGCAUCUUGCAGACGAGUAAGGCAUGGAGUCAUCGUUGCUACGGGACCUGCCACAGAGGCUCCUCUUAAGGUCAACCAGCCAUUGACAAAAUAUGAUCUUAUUAACUACUUUGCUUCUGGUUGCAAGCCUAAAGACGAGUGGAGAAUAGGUACAGAGCAUGAGAAAUUUGGUUUUGAGUUUGAAACCCUGCGUCCAAUUAAAUACAAACAAAUAGCAGCUUUACUCAAUGGCAUUGCUGCGAGGUUUGAAUGGGAAAAAUUAAUGGAAGGUGACAAUAUCAUAGGCCUCAAAAAGGGCAAUCGAAGCAUAUCAUUAGAGCCCGGUGGUCAAUUUGAGCUUAGUGGUACUCCCUUUAAAACAUUGCAUCAGACUUGUGAUGAGCUUAAUUCACACCUCUAUCAGGCGAAAACUGUUGGAGAGGAAAUGGGAAUUGGAUUUUUGGGAUUAGGUUUCCAGCCUAAAUGGAAACCGCAAGACAUACCUAGAGUGCCUAAGGUACGGUAUAACAUUAUGCAAAAUUACUUCAACAAUAAUGGCUUACCUCAAGUUGAGGCAUUGUUAAUGACCUGCUCUGUUCAGGUUAACCUGGACUACAGUUCUGAAGCAGACAUGAUCAAGAAAAUGCGUACUGGGCUUACGUUGCAGCCGCUAGCAGCAGCUAUGUUUGCAAAUUCGCCUUUCAGUGGAGGCAUCCCAAGUGGUUACCUCAGCAUAAGGAGUAUUGAUAAUUGAACAAUCGGAAUAGUCUAUAACGAAUCUUGAUUAAUUUUUCGUUCUUCUGAUAGGUUUGAGCAGUAUGUUGAUUAUGCUCUAGAUGUACCGAUGAUGUUUGUCUAUCGGGAAAAUAAGUACAUUGACUGCGGUGGCAUGUCAUUCCGGGACUUCAUGGCAGGUAAACUCCCUGCCAUCCCAGGUCAGGUGCCAACACUAAGUGACUGGGAAAAUCAUCUGACGACCAUAUUUCCCGAGGUCAGGCUCAAGAGGUACAUGGAAAUGAGGGGUGCUGAUGGGGGAACUUCAGACAUGCUGUGUGCUCUGCCAGCAUUUUGGCCGAGGAGAGACAGAAUUUAAGGAACAUGGUUCCUAUGACUGGUUUAAGGACUCCAUUUCAAGGUAGAUUACUGCGGCAUGUGGCUGAAGAUGUGUUGCAGUGGGCGAAGGAUGGCUUGGACAGGAGAGGCCUAAACGAAUCCAGUUUUUUGGAUCCAUUAAAAGACGUCGUUGGAACAGGUUUGACGCCAGCUGAUAGGCUUCUGGAUAUGUUUCAUAACACGUGGGAAAACAGCGUAGAUCCUGUCUUCAGAGAGCGCUGCUACUAAGCUGAGUAUAACCCUUGCAAUCCUCAUAGAGAGGAGAAACAACAGUUGUACUAGGUUUGACUAAUGACUAUAUAUAGUUCCUCCUUUUAAUCAACCACACUAUAAUAUGAUUUUGGAAGGCCCACUAAUCAGGUUUUACUUGUAAUAAUAGUCUCCACUAGACAAUUUGUUUAACGUGUGAUUGACACCUCA